AUGUUUGUUUUUCAGCAUCAAUGUGCGAAUUCGAAUUACCCUUCUGAAGAUUGGUGCGAGAAAGAAUACGAUCAUUACGAAAAGUACUGUACGCACUGCGAAAAGAAUCCGUGCAUUUCCUUUACUCACGACCUGGAUUGCUAUUGUGAACCAUAUGAUAAUUUGUGGAGACGCUUCGGAUAUGAGACGGCCCGUUGGUGUCAAAAGUACGAAUUGACGUGUGAUGAGAAAACGAGAAGAGAGAAAGGAUCGGAACUCGUGCAGCUCAUGCAAGACAGAAUCAAAGUGCACUAUCGCUGUCUCCAUUUAUACAAUCUGCCGCAUGUUAUUUGCGAUCCCUUUUCGACCAGAUUCGAUUGGUAUAGGUGCAUGAAGGUUACUGUACUUCUGAAUAUUUUUGUAAAAAUUUUGUUUCAGUUUCUGUUUGAUUGCGAGUUGAUCUCGGAUUGGAAUGACGAUGAUUACGAUGAAGCGGGAGUUAUUAGUGAAGAUGAAGAAAAGACACCGCAGAAACCAGAUAUAUCUAAAGUAAGUGAAGCAUAUUUGAGCAUGUUUAGCUCACCUAUUACAGCCAAUCUCUUCUAUUCCGGAGACUUCGAUUUCUGAUCAGGCUGAAACACUUUUGAAGGGAGGUCUUUCCAAACAACAACUCAAAGAUAACGCCGCAAUUAGGGAGAAAGAGAAAGAACUGGAGUCUGUACUCAAGAAACCAUAG